AUGGCACCCAAGAAAGAGAAAGGCGGGACAACCACCACCGGCUCUAAGAUAUGGGAACCCUCCCUCAUAGCUGCACAAUUCAACCAGAACGACUGGAAGGGCUCCAUCGCUUUUGUCGUUGGAAACCGGAUCGAGGACGAGGUUCUCAUUCACGCUCUCACGCUCGCUGUCCAAGUUCCUCAGCGCAGACUCUUCAGUAUGGUCUCCUGGCAAGACAUCGUCCAGCAGGUCAAUGGAUCAAGUGCAGUUUUUGGAAGUACAUCUAAAAAGGCAAAGAAACCUCUAGGUGGUAAUGCUCCCUUAUAUUCUGAGGUGUUAACGGCAGCAAAAGCAAUUAUGGACAGCGGAGAGAAAUUAACCUUACCACUGAUAGGGAAACUCUUGAAAUUUCAGCUUCUUCAGAUUAAGUUGAAAGACCAACAGCGACGGGAAAGCGAGAAGAAGGUCAUAGAAGACAGAUUUAAGAUAGAAAAGGAUAAAGUGAAAGCAAAAUCUCCCAAGGAGAAGAAGUCCCCAUCUGCCAAGGUUGCCAAAGGAAAGGGAAAGGACCAGACAGAGGCAAACACUGCCGUGAAAAAGACCACCCAGUUAGUGAGGAGGGGGGAAGAGGAUGACAUCAAACAAUACAUUGACGAUGAGCCAGAUGACGGUGCCCAGCAUUACUUUAUAGUCGUGGGCUUCAACAAUCCUCAGCUAUUAGCGAUCAUGACGGAGCUUGGCAUUCCCAUAAGCAGCGUGAUUAAAAUAUCUUCGGAGAAUUAUGAACCUCUGCAGACACACCUGGCAGCAGUUAGCCAACAGCAGGAAAGUUUUCUUCAGCCAGAAGAAAUAGAAGCUGAAAAACUGAAGAAAGAGAAUGGCAUAAAAGAACUUGAAAUCUUCUGGAAGUACUUGGAACCAAUCCUGAAUAACCAGAAACCAGAAACAAAUCUCUUUGAUGUCGCUCAGCUUGAAUACACGGUCAAGGCAGACAAGUUUCCUUCUGACUGGUCAGACAGCGAGAUGUUGCUGGGAUUGGGCACCGAAAUUUUUGAAAAUGUUGCCUGUCUGAUGUACAACACCCUGGAUUGGAAAAGGCAGCACCAGCACUAUUUGGAAAGCAUGCGGCUUAUUAACAUCCCACAGGUGGUUAGUGAGAAGCCUGUCUUCGAAGUGACGUUGAUUCCUGAGCCUCCACAACCUGUUGUUGCAAUCCCUGGAAAGAAGAAAACACAACCAUAUGAAGAGCCACAGAUUCCAGCUCCUCCUCCAGCAACACUGCUACCACCACCACCAGUGGCUUCCAUAAUCACAAAUGAAGUAGACAUGAGAUACUACAAUGAUUUGCUGAACCCAAUCCCAGAAGAAUUCAUUUCUGUGCCCUUGAUACUGCAUUGUAUGCUGGAACAGGUUGUAGCAAGUGAAGAAGAUCUUGUCCCACCAAGUCUGGUAGAGCUGCCUCCCAGGGCAGAUGGGUUGGACUACAGAAUAGCAGCUCACAUCGUAUCCAUCUUGCCCUCUCUCUGUCUGACAGAGAGGGAGAAAAAGAAUCUCCAUGAAAUAUUCUUAUCUGAAGAAGAAAAUGAAAGCAAACCAGUGCAAACAGGCCCUCUCCUGCUUAACUAUCAUGAUGCCCAUGCCCACAAGAAGUACAUGCUAAAGGACCUAAAGAAUUUUGAUCCAGUUCAAAUUGAACAAGAGAUGCAGUCCAAGUUGCCACUGUGGGAAUUCCUUAAAUUCCCUCUGCCCCCGCCAUGGAAUAGCACGAAACGUCUAGCUACAAUUCAUGAGCUCAUGCACUUUUGUACAAGUGAAGUCUUGAGCUGGAAUGAAGUAGAACGAGCCUUCAAAGUGUUUACUUUUGAGAGCCUGAAACUCUCUAAGGUUGAUGAAGAUGGAAAUCUAAAGCGUUCUAAAAUGAUGUAUGGGACAGAUUCUGAGAUGUUCAACAUACCAUGGGACAACCCUGCCAGAUUUGCUAAACAGAUAAGGCAACAGUACAUCAUGAAAAUGAAUACCCAAGAAGCCAAACAGCAAACAGAUGAUGGAACCAAAGACAGAAUUUUAUUUCUGAAUAAGAAUUGGUCAACACCUAUGCCAGAUGAUGAGCUCAACAAAAAACCAUCAGAUUAUCGCCAGCCUGGUAGUAACAAGAAAUCCUUAGACUCUGAUAAUAGACAACGAACAGAGCAGGAGACAAACUUCAAGUCUCAGCUCCAACCUGAGACUCUGGAGCAGACCAUGAACAAUGAGAUCAAAGAUGAAGCGGUCACAAAUGCUGAUCUUCUUGAAAAGAAACCAAAGAAGAUGACUGUAGAAGCCGAAUUAGAGGACAUAAAGAAAACCCAGCAACGCAAUCUAAUGGACUGGAGUUUUACUGAACAUUUUAAACCAAAAGUUCUGCUUCAGGUUCUUCAAGAAGCCAGUCAGCAAUACAGGUGUGUUGAUUCUUAUUACCAUACUCAAGACAACUCUUUACUGUUGGUCUUUCAUAAUCCAAUGAAUUUACAGCGUCUGCAUCAUGAAUAUUGGAACGCUGGCCUUCACUCCAAUGUUGGAUUCAGAAAUUAUUUGGAACUUGUUGCAAAAUCCAUUCAAGAUUGGAUCAUAAAAGAAGAAGCUAUAUAUCAGGAAACUAAAAUGUCUGAUGAAAUCAAUAAAACCAAGUAUGAGCUGGAAAUAAAAUCUUCUGUUGUAACCAAAGUUUCUUCUACUAGCAAAAUUUAUUCUAUUAAAAAAUCUAAAAGUAACAAAGGAAUGAGCAAAACAGAAAUAUCAGAUCAAGAAAAAGACAAAGAAAAAGAGAAGGAAAAGAUUAAUUUUAUUUUAGAAGGCUCCCUCAAGGCCUGGAAAGAAGAACAAGAUCGGUUAGCUGAAGAGGAACGCUUAAAGGAAGAAAAAAAAGCAGAAAAGAAGAGUAAGGAGGCUGGUAAAAAGAAAGGCAAGGAAAAGCUAGAAAAAGAAGAUAGUAAGAUUUUGAAGAAAAAAUCUUUUAUAAAGGAGAAAUUGAAAGAAGAGCAAAUGAAGAUCCCGGAAGUAACAGAGGAGCCCCUCCAGGAACCAGAACCUGAGAUAGUUUACCCGUUUCAUGGAUACAACAUGGGAGAAAUACCUGUGCAAAUCUCAGGAACAAAUUAUUAUCUGUAUCCUUCCGAUGGAGGGCAAAUUGAAGUAGAAAAGACAACAUUCGAAAAAGGUCCAACAUUUAUCAAAAUGAAAGUGAAAAAGGACAAGCACAAUUUUUUAAUUCACUUAAGAGACCCUAGGAAAAUUGUGGAAAAGGAGAAAAAAGAAGAGGAUUAUCCUUCAGAAGAUGAGAAAGAAGAAGGAGGAGGGCAAAACUUCGAAGCAGAAGAAUCAAAUAAAGAGAAUAAAGCUGUCAGCAAGUUUGGAUCUUUUUCUGCCACCUUGGAAAAUGGAAUCUGCCUCUCAAUAAGUUACUAUGGAUCAAGUGGAUCAGCACCAGAGGAUAAGGAUCCUAACUUGGAAUCUAUGUUGAAUAUCCCAUCAGUACAUACUCCAACAGUAAUUCCUGUUACAGUGAGUAUUCCUCAAGGCAAAGGAAAAGGGAAAACAAAAGGCAAAGAAAAACCCAAAGAAUCUCUUAAAGAAGAGGAGCACCCAAAAGAAGAAGAGAAAAAGGAAGUAGAAGAACCAGAGCCUGUUUUACAAGAGAGUCCUCAUGUUCCCAUCUUCCAAAACCUGAAUGUGUCUUGCCCCAAUGGGCUCCAAGUGACCUUCACUGGGCAAGAGUCCCCAGAUCAAUGUAUUGGAGAUGAGGAACCCACUUGGGAUAUCAUGGUCCGACAGAACUACCCCCAGAAGGUGAAGCACUAUGAGUUCUACAAAAUGGUGAUGCCACCGCUGGAGCAGGAAGCAUCGAGAGUUAUCACCAGUCAAGGGACUGUUGUCAAAUACAUGUUGGAUGGAUCCACACAGAUUCUUUUUGCAGAUGGGACUGUGAGCAGUAGUCCCGAUUCAGGUCCUAUCAGUCUUCCUACUGACGUGCCACCCAGUGCUCACAGUGCUGACUUGAUGGACACAAUUUCUCAGCAGAAAUCAGAAACAGCACCAUCGGAGACUGUCAUCACAAAGAAAGGAAAAAUUCAGAAAAAUCAGCCAUCUAUGGCACAUAAAAAUGAAAGCCAUGAACUUCCCCCAGAAACAGUUCAAACAAUAACUCCUGUGGAUGUUCACUUAGGCACCUGGUUUACAACUACACCUCAAGGAAAUCGGAUUGGCACCAAAGGAUCAGAAAGAAUAGCAGACUUGGCCCCAUUUUUAUCCUUUAAAGCCACAGAUCCUGUCAAUGGAACGGUUAUGACAACUCGAGAAGACAAAGUGAUCAUCAUUGAAAAGAAAGAUGGUACUCGGAUCGUGGAUCAUGCUGAUGGUACCAGAAUCACAACCUUUUAUCAAGUUUAUGAAGAUCCGACUAUUUCUUCGGAGGAUCAAGAGACAGCCGAAGGCCCUCAGAGGAUCGCCAGGCAGGUGAAGUGCAUGCGGAUUGAAAGCUCGCACUACGCCACCGUCAUCACCAACUGUGAGGACAGUAGCUGCUGCGCCACCUUUGGGGACGGCACGUCCAUCAUUGCAAAGCCACAGGGAACGUACCAGGUGUUACCACCAAACACAGGAUGUCUUCAUAUUGCUAGGGACUGUUCAGCUAUAUAUUGCCAUGAAUCAAGCAGUGACAUAUACCAUCCUUUUCAAAAACGUGAGCAACUGAGAGCUAGCAGGUACAUCAUGAAACACACAUCAGAGGUUAUCUGCGAGGUCAUGGAUCCAGAAGGAAAUACCUUUCAGGUCAUGGCUGAUGGUAGUGCAUCAACCAUCCUACCUGAAAACAACUUGGAAGAUGAUUUAAAUGCAAAAGCUGAAGGUUAUGACAGUUUGUCAUCCACUCACCUUCAUAAGAAUCAUCUGCAAAUCUAUGGUGAACAUGUCCCCAGGUUUUUUGUUAUCUAUGCUGAUGGAUCAGGAGUGGAGCUUCUUCGGGACAGUGAUAUAGAAGAGUACCUCUCCUUGGCAUAUGGAGACUCAACUACCAUAGUUCUUCAAGAGCCAGUACAGGAACAACCAGGUGCCCUGAGCAUUACCGUCCUCCGCCCUUUCCAUGAAGUGUCACCAUGGCUAAUGAAGAAAGAAUUAGAUACGAUUGUUCCUCCUAAUCUCCAGUCAAGGACAUGGGAGACCUUUCCCUCAGUUCAGAAAAAAACUCCAGGACCUCCGUUUGGCACUCAGAUUUGGAAGGGCCUCGACAUUGGCCCCAAACAAUUAGUGAACACUCCAGCCCCUAUACUGGAGAGCCCCAAUGUGCUACAGAUACGCCAGUUCAUCCAGCAUGAGGUCAUAAAGAAUGAGGUGAAACUGAAACUGCAGCUUUCCCUGAAGGACUAUAUAAACCAUAUUCUAAAGAAAGAAGAUGAGUUGCAGGAAAUGACAGUUAAAGAUUCCAGAACUGAGGAGGAGAGAGGCAACGCUGCAGAUCUCCUCAAGCUGGUUAUGUCUUUCCCUAAAAUGGAGGAAACUACAAAAAGUCAUGUUACUGAAGUUGCAGCCCACCUAACUGAGCUGUUUAAGCAGUCUUUGGCUAAUGCUAUGGAAUGUCCACCAGAAACCUUUGAGACAGAUUUCCUUGAAAAGAAAUUGAGGCACACAGAGACGACAAAGCACUGGAAAGAAAAGUUAGCUCAAAAGAGGAAGGAAAUUGAAAAAACACAGAACUAUCUAAAGGAAAUUAGGAGCAAGGCAAUAUCACCCUACUUCAAAUCUGAACUGAGCAAGCUUUAUCAGUCUCAGUUUAAUUAUCUGGACACCCUUUCCAAAAACUUGCCUCCUUUUACAAAGAAAGAUGAGGAUGCAAGCAAAGACGCCGCUCAAGAUACAUCCAAUCUUCCUCCAGAUUCCCAGAAAAAUAAAGUUUCAAAACAGGAAUCCUCAGAUAUACUUAGUGUUUCAAAAUCAGAGAACCUUGAAGAUACCAAGGAGCCUGCUAGCCAAAAGCAAACUGAAAAUUUAACAGUAUCUAUCAAAGAACCAGAAUCGUGUAUGCCUCUGAAAAUCCCAACCCAGUCGAUGCUGCAGGAUGUGGCAGGACAAGCAAGAAAACAGAAAGUGAGGCUACCUCACUACUUGCUGAGUUCCAAGCCCAAGUCUCAGCCUCUCACAAAGACGCAAGAUUCUGUUGGAGGAAGAGUGAGAACAUCCUCUGUGGCAUCUGCUGCCAUUAAUAAUAUAAAUUCAUCUCCCUUUGGAUUCCAUCUUCUCCCACCCGUGGUGAAAUUUGGAGUGCUCGAAGAAGGACACACGUAUGCCACCACUGUAAAGCUCAAGAAUGUUGGAGUGGACUUCUGCAGGUUUAGGGUGAAGCAGCCUCCACCCAGCACGGGACUGAAAGUGACUUACAAACCUGGGCCUGUGGCGGCUGGUUUGCAGGCAGACCUGAGAGUGGAGUUAUUCGCCAUGGCUGUCGGGGAGGAUGGCACCAAGGGAUUGGCUCACAUCUCUCACAAUAUAGAGAUUAUGACUGAGCAUGACGUCCUGUUCUUACCUGUGGAAGCAACAGUUUUAACAAGCAGCAAUUAUGAUAAGAGACCAAAAGAUUUUCCCCAGGGAAAAGAAAAUCCCACAGUCCAGAGGAUUUCUACAAUUUCUUCCUCUGCACUCGGAGUCUUCAUGUCCCGUAAAAUUUCUCCACAUUAG